AGGAAAGAGGAAGGCGGAUAGAGGAGAAGCAGAGGAGAAGAGAAAGGUGAAUCAAGAAGGAGAAUAAUAUUAAGAAGAAGAAGAAGAAGAAGAAGAAGGAGCAAAAGCAGGAGCAGAAGCGGGAGAAGGAGGAGGAGGAGAAGAGGAAGAAGAAAAAGGAAAAGAAGAAAGAGAAGGAGAAGGAGAAGGAGAAGAAGAAGAGAGAGAAGAUCCGGGAUAAGGAUAGAUUUGGAAAGCAAGAAGUCGGUAGAGCAAGAACGAAGGAAAGGAAGAAAGAAGAGAAGAAGCUCGUUAGAGAGAACCUCGCGCCGCAUAACAUAUAUUUCAGUGUGUUCAAAAAACGAGUGUACCUAAGUGCAAUAUUAUUAAAGCUAAACGAUAAUAAGAAGCAACCACAACUACCAUCGACGAUAUCGGUAACGACGAGCGGUUAAUCGAUAAUCGAAUAGAAUUCCUUUUAAAGAGUUAAAAACCCUAGAGUCGCAUUUCGAGGAGGAGUCGUGUGAACAGACGCGAAACAAACAGGACGAAGGAUCGUAUAGGAGAGGACGCGGGUACCGCUAAAGCUGUAACGAAAGGAGAAUCGACGAUCGGUAGCGGCGGAUGCCAGCCACAGCGUCUUCGACACACGCUGUGCAGACGGAGUGACCGAAAUCCCGACAGAGGAGAACUGCCGUCCCGGUUCAAAGAAAUCACACUACGUAUCACACACGGCCGACGCGCUAGUCCCUUUUCCCUCGGCAAUACGACGAAAGGGCUUGCACGUUCGCACACACGCACACACACGCACAUCGACAUAACGGGGCUACUAACUACUCAGGGCAAAGCGGGACGAGCAGUAUCAUCCGCCAAGCGUGAUUUCUCACCCGGCAGCACAGACUCGGCUCUACGACAGAUACUUCGACCAACAACAGAGAGUCUCGCGUCUGCACGGACUGUCCUUCUCGUUCACACCGUCCGGGCUGGGCAAUCCUGAAUUUUAACCUGAACUUAAGUGUAUGAUAGACUUUAAGUUAGAUAGAACAAAGAAAUAGGCUGUUCUCCGCUGACGGAGGACGUCCAUUCGCGCGCGCAUCGAUUCAUCAGGCACACACAUACACACACGCGAGCGCGCGCGCGCACGCACGCACGCACGCACGCACGCACGCACACUCACACGCACAAACGCGCGCGCACGCACUAAAAGGGGCGCGCGCGCACACGGGUAAAAGAAACACGUACGUAUCAGAACGUUAAUGCACGUUAGUGGAAGGAGGAUCUGAAGAAGAAGAAGAAGAAGAAGGAGAAGAAGAAGCUGCUAGAAUCACCGAACUGCGGAGACGCUUGUACACGAUCAGCGACAGAUAUAAAGAUCUAUCGGUAUCGAUAUCGGUGAUCGAGUUACGGGAGACGGGUUUCGAAAGAUCGAGAAAAGUGGAAGGGCCAUCGAUCGUAGAGAGAACAACGGAUCGGUGGUGCUUGCGAAUAAGACGAAGAAGACCGGAGAGGAGCCAACGACGAGACAAGUGAGGAAAGAGGCCGAGUGGCGCAAGAGGCCGAGGUACCCAGGCAAAGUGAGAAACGGCCGAAGAAGCGGCAAAAAAAAGAGGCAAGAGGUGUAUCGAGGGAAAGAGUUUCAUGAGCCAAGUAGCGGGAGGCAGCAACAGCAGCAGCAGCAGCAGCAGCAACAGCAACAGCAGCAGCAGCAGCAGCAGGCCCGGGAAGUCGAAGCAGGUGGCGAGUAAGUGACGUUGCCCGCCGCCCACGUCGAGCGAGGAUCGUUGUCCUUAAGACGAUCCUGGGCUAAGAAGAGCGCGAUACAGCGGAGAGAAAGAUAGGAAGGAACGGCGGCGAGCGCGGAAGUGUGCCGACCGUCGAGCUGCUUACCGGAAGGGGUGCGAAAAAGCGGGCAAGCUGCGCCGGAAGGGGGUAGCCCGGGCUUCUCGCGAAGGCCUCAAAAUUUCGGACGCGACGGCGGCCCUGGACCUACGUGCCCAGACGCAAACCCAACCAGACUUUGGCUUGGACCACCACCAACAACAGAAUCACCAUCAACACCAACAGCAGCAGCAGCAACAACAGCACCAGCAGCAGCACCAGCAGCACCAGCAGCAGCAACAUCAGCAGCAGCAGGGGCAAAAUCCAGAUUCGCGACCACACCAUCACCUUCAGCAGCAUCAUCAUCAUCAGCAUCAUCCCGGAAAUCAUCUCCACUCUGGCGAUUCGGGGGGUGGGAUAGGAGGUGGAGGAGGUGGCGGUGGAGCCGGUGGAGGUGGCGGUGGCGGAAGUGGCGGCGGUGGAAGUGGCGGUGGUGUUGCUGGUGUUGGUGGAGGAGGGUCGGCCGGGCCCGAGGUUGACAGAUCCGUCAGGAUCCACGACGAGGACGACGAGGACAUCACCGAGAGGGAGGACGAGGAGGAAGACGAGGAUCCCUGCAGCUCGCCCGAACCGGACCUCGAAAACGAGCCGGAGCCCAUGGAGGUCCAAGCCUCGGCCGUCACAGCGGCGGCCGCCAAUCUUCACGCGCUGCGACAGCAUGUUUUCAAAAUGUCGGACUACUGGCAACAACCGCAACGGGGUCCGCCUCAGCAUUCGCCGGGCAUACAGCACAGCCCUAUCUCCAACUCGACUCAACAGCAAGUGCAACAGAUGCACAGCCCUCUUGGUCAGCAGCAGCAGCAGCAACAGCAACAACAACAGCAACAGCAGCAACAACAACAACAACAGAACGUCUCGCAGGUGCAGCAGACCGCUAACGCGGCAUUAGGACAGACCGCCAGUCCGCAACAGCAGAUGCAGCAACAACAACAGCACGCGAUGUCCAUGGGCCAACAAACGGCUCAAGGAGCGCAGCAUCAGUCUUCGCCGGCACCGACGACGCCCUCGCCGCAGGCCGACCAUCAGGGCGCCAUCACGUCCAGCAUGGCACAGAGCCUUCACAGUCUCGCGCAAGCACAACAAAGCAUGUCCCAAGCCUCGAGUCCGUCGUUGGCCGUUCAAGCGGUCCAGGCGGCUCAGGCUCUCAAUCAGAACCUGGGGCAGGCGUUGACUCAAGCCUUGACGCAGAACAUGCAACAGAACCUAGGACAAACUCUGCAGCACAAUCUCGCGCAAAGUCUGACCCCGAGUCUGUCUCCCCAACAGCAGCAACAGUUGCUCAAUCAGCCGCAGAACUUGAGCCAGGCCAGCCAGAACCUGCAACAAAAUAUCCAAAGUCAGGCGCAGAAUUUGUCGCAAACGCUGCAGCAACAGGCGCAGAAUUUGACCCAGAAUCUCGGCCAGAGCUUGAGCCAACAGGCGCUGCAACAACAGGCGGCGCAAAACCUUACGCAGAAUUUGCAACAACAGGCUCAAAAUUUGACGCAGAACCUGCAACAGCAGGCGCUCAACAUGGCGGGCAGUAUCGCUCAGAACGGAGCCCUCGCCGGGAUGAACAUGUCGGCCAAUCAACAACAGAACUCCCAGAACUCGAUGCUAAGUCCGGGCGCGACCAGCCAAGACUCCCACGAUGCCAGCCUGACUGAAAAGCUUGUCAACGAGCUGCAGUCUCGUGCCUCUGCGGCGGGACUUGGAGGUGCGGGAGGCGCCGGCGGAGGCGGAGGAAUGGGCAACAUCAGCGAACGCACCCUCGAGGAAUGCUGGUCCACCCUGCAACGAUUCUUCUCGCAGAUCUUCAUGCACAAGAGCGCGAUGCAGAUGCACGCGAGGGAGCUCGGCGCGGCGGGUGCACUGACGGGGAGAGCUGGCGGCGGCGUGGCGGGCGGACUGGCAGGCCUGGGUCCGAUCGGCGUCGGGCCGGGCGGCAUGAUCGCCGGCAACGAGGUAAAGCCACACCAGUGCCAGCAAUGCCUCAAGUCAUUCUCCAGCAACCACCAGCUCGUACAGCACAUCAGGGUCCAUACUGGCGAGAAACCGUACAAAUGCAGCUAUUGCGACCGCAGGUUCAAGCAGCUCAGUCAUGUACAGCAACAUACCCGCCUGCAUACGGGUGAACGUCCGUACAAGUGCCAUCUACCGGAUUGCGGGCGGGCAUUCAUUCAAUUAUCGAAUUUGCAGCAACACCUUCGAAAUCACGACGCUCAGGUGGAACGGGCGAAGAACCGGCCGUUCCAUUGCAACAUCUGCGGCAAAGGCUUCGCCACAGAAUCCAGCCUUCGUACCCACACGUCGAAGGUCAGUCAUUGUUCCAAGUACCCAUGGCAACGAUUAAAGGAGUUGCAACAGCGUGUUGUGUUCCAGCAACACGCCGCCCUGAUCGGCGGCCCGAACGCAACCAGCUGUCCCGUCUGCCACAAACUCUUCCUCGGUGGCGAAGCUCUCAUGGAGCACAUGAAGCACACCCACAAGGAUCCGAAUGCCUCCGGCGUUGCCAUUCCCUCCGCUGACUGCACAACCUCCGUUGCCGGGGUUUACCUAGCGAAGCGACGGACCGCCAACCACCCGUGUCCAGUGUGCGGAAAACACUACGUCAACGAGGGUAGUCUUAGGAAACACUUGGCCUGCCAUCCUGAGACCAGUCAACUUAGCACAAGCCUCAGGAUGUGGCCGUGCUCGGUGUGCCAAGCCGUCUUCACUCAUGAGAGCGGUUUGUUGAGUCACAUGGAGCACAUGAGGAUGGACCCCAAGCAUCAGUUUGCGGCGCAAUACGUUUUAAGUCGCGCCGCCGCCGAGAGGCGGGAGAGAGAAAUCCUUGCGUCUUCGAGUCUAGGUGCGGGAUUGGGUGUUUUGGGAAGCCAAACAGGCGGACCACAAAAUUUGCAACAACCGCCGAUGUGCCCUUCGCCGUCGGCUCAUUCGGACAGCAGCAGUGGAAACGGAAGAUUAUCGUCGGCCGGUAGUGAACCUGACUUUUGCGCAGGUACCGGUCUGCUCAACAACAACAACAAUAACAACAACAACAAUAUGGCGUCGCCGGGGCCGAGUGGCAACAAGCUGAGCGAGAUGCUACGAGCAGGAAGCCAACCAGGCUCCGCGCAACAGUACCACGACGAGAUGCAGUCGCAACAACAACGUAUGGCGGUGAUGGCCGCCGCUGUGUCAGCGGGUUUACAAAAUUCAGUGUCGCCGAAUCUAUCACCGGUGGACAUGGCGUCCCUGGCGGCGGCGAUGAGAAUGGGAAACAACGGUGACAUGAGCGGUGGCGCGCAAGGAUCAACGGGACCGCAACAACAGGGAGUUCAAGCAACCGGACCAGAACAGACUCUGAGAAUGCAUCAGGCGGAAGCCUUACUGCGUUCUCAAGCCGAAGCCGCGCUCAGGCUGGCUGUGUCGCAAGCAGCAGCGGCGGCAGCCAGUUCCGCGGUUGGCGGUGACGUGAGGCAUCAUUUGGGACAGCAUAACGGAGGCAGCACCUCUGGCAUGCCUGGACAUCACACGAACCAGCAAAUGUCUCAACAAGAUACCUUACCGCCUGACCUCGGGGAAGCGCUGCGAUUACAAGAACAGCGAUUAGAACAGGCCCUGAGGCUUCACGGUGAUCCUCGAGCCCUGAGUUUCACUCUCCAGCACGUCGUCAAUCAACAGAACAAUCAGCAACCAUGAAAAUUCAGUUACUACUGAGACGAGUGGACCCCUUGGACGUCGGAUCAGACGGGCCUGCAGCAAGUUGAAAGACUCAAUCAGCAACCUUUUCAAGGCGCUGAACGUUCAAUAACUCUCAACGAGCAACAACAACAACAAGGUUCGUCUGGCAUCGGUCUUCAGCAGCAACAACAACAUCAGCAGCAGCAGCAGCAGCAGCAGCAUCACCACCACCACCACCAACAGCAGCAGCAGCAGCAGCAGCAGCAGCAUCAUCACCACCACCAACAGCAGCAACAACAACACCAACAACAACAGCAGCAACAGCAUCCUGAAGAUCGUGGUAUCAAGAGGAAGGCCGACGAUAUGAUCGGUAACUCUGACAACGUGUAAAGAGAACGACGUACAUCGACGAUGAACAGUGAAAACCGUUUAUCGUCUUCUACGUCGAUUCUAAGAUAGAAGGCGUCCAAGUGAGGUCAUCCGCGAAAUUACUCCUGUCUCAGCAGUAGAAACGAAUUAUUCCAGUAAAUUAACUAAUUGAGAGUCUGAAAACGAGCGAUUGUUUCUCAGAUUCGCGAGAAAAAUCCUAUUUUCAGUCGGUUAACGCGCGACGAUCGGGAGAGAUCGUCGUGUGGUCGAGCCAAUCGUGAAACUCUUCUCUUCGAGAGAACGAAGAAGGAGGGCAGGAUAACGGUCAUACGUAUCUAGAAAUCCGUUAGACGGUGCGUGACGAGAACAGCGGUGGCAAUGAUCUUUUAGCGGCACGCGAUUGUUCGCGUGGACCACGUUGUUCCUACUCGAGUCCUGGAUCUAGAGUUCCUAGAACGACGACGCUCGCCGAACGAGAGGGCCGUCGCUCGUCGAGGACGGUUCGCCGGUUCUCUCUUUCGAGCGAUAUUGCUUGUUUCGUUGAGUCGCUCUGUCAGAAUUCUCAGGACGCAUUGUUACAACCGCUGUUCCACAUCACCCCUGAAACGUGCCAUAAUAUAUCGAAUGAAACUGCUAACCAACGCGCGCCUUGUCGUCUCUCGAGUCGAGAGACGACGCUUCAGGUUGCGUACAGUACUAUGGUUUUUUUUAGUACAAGAGCCAAACGUAGACUCGUGCAAGCUGGAUAGGUGACGACAAGCGAUCGUCCUCGUUCCAGCGGCCGGUCUAGGCUCAACAAACUAAACUAUAUAUAUACAUAUAUACAUACCUAGAAACCAGUUUAAGAUACCCUUAAUCUUAGCUCCCGUAACGUUUAAGCCAGAAACAACGCGUCUGAUAUGUGCGUAAACGCGGUCAGGUGGAUCAGCUAAUCCCCGUACGUUCGUUGGUUAAAUACGCGUACACGUUAUCCCCUUCCCGUUUAUCGGACAAACGCGCGACAAGUUACAAAAACGGACGGUCUGAUCCGCGAAAUCGUGCGGCGCGGCGCGGCACGGCGAGAGGUACUCGUCGUCGCCCGUCGACUACGUUAGUGAUACACGAGUACGCAGAGAGAAACGAACACGAAAACUUGUUACACAGAAACACUAAACACCAACAACACACCUAAUAUACACGCGAAAUAAAAAAUCUACUACACGUAAGAAUAUAAAAAUGCGCGCAACUUGUGCUGGUCGGCAGCACGAAAACUAUUAGCUCGUAAGCGAACAAACAAAAUAUAAUUAUUACAAACAGUUAUAUUAUAUAUAUUAUAUAUAUACAUACAGAGAGUCUGGAGUGUACGAUGGAAACAAAACGAAAAAAGAAUUCACACGAUGGAAUGGGAUGGGACGGGGGCCCGAGGAACAGGGCCCCCCUCCUUUCGAUGCACUACACGUGCACAUUUUCAAAGAAUAAUCGUGAGAGUGUACGAGAGCAUUUUUCGUGAAACGAGCACGCCAGAAAAAUGACGAAGAACAAGGUGAAAAUAAGAAAGAUGAAGAUAAAAAAUGAUGAUGAAGAGAGAGAAAUAAAAAAAACUAAAUGCUAAAUAUUAUAUAUAUUAUAUAUAUAUAUAUAUAAAUAUUAUAAAUAAUAGAUAUAGGGUCUAUGAGACUAGGAUAAAUUAGGCGAAAGAGAAAAUCGAAUGAAUGGGUAGCGCGUGCCCAGGCAGUGGUACACGAUCGAGCCAAGAGCCACGUCGACCAGAGAAUGGAAGAGACGCAGUAGACGAGAAUCGAGAGAGAUGCCAGAAUGCGCACACGCGAGAAAGAUCGGGAGAAAGACGGGAGAAAGACGGGAGAAAGACGGAAGAACGAGGAAAGAGCAAGGGAGCAAGGGAGCAAGGGAGCACGUGCAAGAUUUCGUGAAUGAACGGCCUUGGGAUUGUCGCGUACGUGCAAGGGCACGCGGUUGAAUGAAAGAGAAGCUGCGCGAAAGAGAAUGCUUCGUGAGCAUCAAGGAGGAGAGAGUGCGAGAAUGAAGCGAAUGAGAGAUUUUAGAGUGGCGUGCUUCAGGUAAUCUGAGGUCCUGUGAUCGUUAUAAGCGAAAUAUUUUUUUAUUUCCGGGUAUAUAUCUGAACGCGUAAAAAUACUUGCGUCGUUUCGAACUUUUACUUGCAAUAUACCGUUACGUUCUCGCAAUACUUAGAAAGAAGAAGAAGGAGAAGCAGAACAGAGGUGGAUCAUUGAAAAAAAGAAAUACGAAGAUGAGGAUGACGAGGGAGAGGAGAAGAAGAAGAAGAAGAAUAUAUAGAAAGUCCGUAGGUUUGACCGUGGAGCGAACUUUAGAGACUCGGGCCAGCCCCUAACUCCUAAAUACCUCUUUGUAAUGCCCCAUCAAUUUCGACCCCGAUUCCCCUUUUCCCGACCUUUUAUGAAACUCCCGGACUGUCCGUACUUUCGAUGGGGUUUCUUUCGGCCAGACCAGACCAGAUGAAACGAAACGUUAGACCGUAAAAAACCACACGCGCAUCCAAAAAGAAACGCGUUCCUCUCUUCCAACUCGAAUCUUCGUUUAAAAUAAGAACCGAUGCGGACGGUUGUUAUUCGAAAUUCAACGUGAAAUUGUUCGACGAGAAAGGGAAAGAGAGAAAGAAAGAAAGAAAGAGAGAGAGAGAGAGAAACGGAAUGAAAAAACUAGUGCGAAAAACGAUAAAGAGGUGGUCCAAAAAAAAAAAAAAAAAAAUUCUAAACAAAAAUAUCAUCCAAAAAGAUAAUAUCGUUCAAACGACGAUUCACCUACGACACGUUCGAUUUCUUCGUUUCUUCGACUGGCAAUCGCGGACUGAAGAGUGCGGAAACGAAUGGUAGCGUGCCGAAUUUUUUCUUCCCCGUGACAUCGUACGUCGACCGCGUUGUUGUUGUUGUUGUUGAUCCCACCCUUCGGAGAUUCUCGACGAGACUUUCGUUCCGUGACCGGUUCGUACGAAUUUCCCCCGUUCCUCCACUUUUCUACCUUUUCAUUCCCAUUAACUCCAUGAUCGCUUCUAUCCUUUGAACGAUUUUCCUAAUUCCGGGUAUCCCGAGACAAAAUCGAGACAAAAUCAAGACAAAAAUGAACGAGAUGGAAAUUUUCCUGUCCUCGCUUGUUAAUUUCGAAAGUGAACCUUCCUAACGACGAAAGAAAAGAAAAAAGAAGGAGAAGCAACGAGAGGAUAGAAAUCGCAAAGAUGGAAGAAAAAUUUGGAAGAUCGCGAAAAGGAAAUUCUUCAACUCCGAACUCCGAAUUGUAUCCCGACUAAUCCGUUUCUCUUCAGGGGAUCCCCCUCUUUAACCCCUUUGUUCGCCAAUUAUGAAAGUAGCCUAACGUCGUCAUCUUCGUUGAACGUAAAAGACACGCGCCGAGAAGCCGCCGGAUAGCCAGGCUUUUUCACCAUCCGGGUCGAGAGAAGAAAAGAUUGCUAAAAAGAUUCAUCGUCAAAGCUACAUUUAACGAUUGCACUCGCCUCGCGACCGGAACUCGAUGGAUUCGCCACCGGUUGCACCAUUCGAGAAACACGAUCGUCUCGAAUACUUUCAAGCGCAAUCCGAAGCCAACUAUUUCCCCUGUACGAUUCGAAUCUGAUACGAGAUGGUAGUGCAAAUGGAACAAACAAGCGAAUCAAAAACGAUGACGUACCUGUGUCUUUGGAAUGUGCAAAAGAGAAAAAGAGAUAGCGAAAGAUGAAGAGAAAGAUGAAGAGAAAGAGAAAGAGAAAGAAGGAGAAUGGGAAGACGAAAAAGGAGGGAAAGGUCACCUCGAGUUCUUGGUAGUGUGCAUGUGGGUCGAUCAUUGAUCGUUCUUAUUACAACAAUUUUUACGUUACAGGGCGUUUUUUCCUCGGAUUAAGUAGUAUGUAAAUACACCUUGAUAUCACAAGCAUAAACUGAGAAUUUACUGGUAAACUUAAAUCAAGUACAUAAUGCGAAAUAGGGUUAGUUUCUAUGUAAAUACCUAAAGCUGGACGAGUGCAUACACCUCGUUCACGCAACCAACGAUAAUCGUUUUUAUCGAACCAAUGCUUCUGUUCGUCAUCGGUGUACGCCUGGUCGUUGGUGAUCGCCCUUGUACAACCCGUUUGCCAAACAAUACCGUCGGCGAAAAUCAACAUGCAGAAGAAGGGGGGGUUUGAGCAAGAACGUUCUCCAAAAUGGGCGUCGCUGAUCGGGAAAUUUUUUUUUCUCGACACUGAUACACCCACACAGUUACACAUACACGCUCACAUACACACAGCAUUGCGAUGGAUUGUACAGCUACGAUAGGAUAGAUAAGUAAGCCUCAACACAAUUCUUCACACACUCGCACCACCGGCACCGACUAGCCUCCAAAUUAAGACAGGGACCAAACGUUUGGCGAACACAAUUUUUCCGACAAAUUUUCUUAAUACGAUAUACGAUAGGAGAACGCGAACAACACUUUUUUCCAAAGGUAUUCAACGUUUCCGGCGCGAACGAUUCGUUUGUUUCGGCAAAGGUGCGGCGCCACUAUCGAAAUACAGAUAUCGCGGCAUUCGGUUACAAGGUCAAGUAGAACGAACGGAUAAAAGUCGGACAUUUCGCGGCCAGAUGAUGAAAAAUUCGCAAUUAGGCAAAGAUCAGGCACGUUUGGCAAUCUAACGAAGCGAAACGCACCGCAAGAAGAAGCUAAAACGCCGUUUAAAAAUGCCAUUUGAACAGAGACAAACAGGAAGGAGAAGAAGCAGAAAUUGAUCGAAAGAUUUAUGCAGCGUAUCAUCUUUGCAAAACAAACGAAGAGGUAUAAAAUAAAGAUAAAAAGACGAUUCUACGGUCCCUCGACAAAACAAGCAAACAGCAAAAAGGAAAAAAAAACAAAAGAAAAAUCAUCAAAAAAAUAAUGGUGCACGAAAGUAGGAGCGGAGGAGAUGAUACGAAGAGAUUUAAAAAAAAAAGCAACAGCAUCACCACUUUUCACCAUCACUAUCGCCAUUAUCAAAAGUAAGAAAAUGUUAACAACAACAACAAUACAUAAAUAAACACAAGCAGCAGAGCACAACGUCGAGAUCCUUCGUGAUGGUACGAAGUCAUGAAAGGAUUCCGAGGCGACAAGCUUUUCACCGGUGCAUCCUGCCGUGCGCCGAGGGUUGCUUUUUCAUUGAACGUGAAACAACGAAAGAAAGAAUGGUAAACGUAGAAGGAGGAUUGGAGAGAAAAAGGAAAAAAAAGAAAAAGAGUAAACGAUGCAGAAGGGGCAGCCGACUCAACUCCCCCGCACACAUCACAUCCCCGCGCGAGAAGGAGGAAUUAUUCCCGAGGCGCCGGCCCGUGCCCCGCGAACGUGUACCAUAAUUAUUAAAAAUUAAACAAAACACACAGCAAGUUACAAUAGCUCUAGUAGUGUAUGUUCUGUAAUCGAAGAAUGAUAAGCAAAGAUAACGAAAUAAUAAAAAAAAAAAAUGGCGUGCUCGCCGUCGUAGGCGUGCCGGCAAAAAAAAGCACAAAAAAAUAAUUUACAAAUAUAUUGAUUUACAUAUGCCCGUAACUCGUAAGCGGGCCGGUGGCGCAACGCGUCUACCUUUGCCGGAUUUUCAACCAAGCUUACCACUGUCGCUAUUACCACUGUCGCUAUUAUCAAUGUCGCUAUUAUCACUGUCGCUAAUAGAACGCGAUAGAACGUGUCGCGUUGCAACACACACAUACACACACGCGCAGGGACACAGCGAAGAAGAACGAAGAAAGAAGAUAGAAGAAACGAGUCCGACUCGGCAAAGGCGAAGACAAAGGAAAAGGAAAAGCAACUAGUCGUCCAAGUGGCCGGCUCGCGACACACCGCGUCCCAAGAACAGCGUUACAAAGCUGUGGCAGAGCGAACGAUGGACGAUCGAAAGUGCGAUUAAUAGAGAAGGAAGGAGAAGAAAAUGGCACGGCGAGUAGACGAACCGUGAGUAAGUGUUAAACGCGACAGAAGAAGCGGUAAAACGUUGAGGAGAAAACUGGUGAAAUGAAAAUCAACGAGCAGGGGGAAGCACGUAGUCUGCAAAACCAGCCCUUACCCAUAAUCUUAAUCUCUUUCAUGUAAAUUUGCUAAAUGUUAAAAUAAUCUAAAAAAAUGCCAUAGCCCGGAUGCGCUGGUGUAUACUCCCAGUGCAUACACACUCACAAAUACGACUCGACCUCACGAAUCAAACGCAAAAUCCGCGUCGCCAGUUCUUCGAUGGAUGGCACGCGGUGAAAUUGGUAUUCUCGCCAAGGAGCAAACAGUUUACAAUUGCACAAUUGACAGAAUCACAGACAAGCACACGACAAGAUGAAGACAAAACCGAGGCCCGCGUUUCACCGUGACGCCACGUCGACAAUGAAACGUCGCGGAGGAUCCGCGAUCUCGGCCAAUACACGAGUAAAAUCAAAGUUGCCCUGGUUCUCGAGCGUGCAACCCCGCGCGCUCACACACAUUCCAUACACAGGUUGUACAAUCGUCCACGUCCGUUGCCGAUAGUACGGCCGACACCCUUGCGCCUGGCGCAUGCACCAAUGCAUACACCUUCUACACGUGUUACACACUUUACACUCUUUUACACUUUCUACACUUGAUUACACACGCUACGGAUAUGUAAAGCCAAUUGAUUUUGUAAAUUGUCGAAAAAAAGCAACAGACAUUCAAAAAACCAGAACGAUUCGGCCUUUCACGGUACUUUUUCCACGAACGUUAAAUAUUUCAAACGCAUUGCGGAAACCAAAAAUAUGUUAGAACGUUUACUACCGAUCCGUUUGAGAAGAUCCACGCGAGGAUCGUCAGCGAUCAGUACUCGCUUUUCAAGCGGAAAGGAAUCGUUUCGAGCGCAAGUGAACGAGGAUUUACGGUUGAUAUACAAAAAGCAAUUGAUAUUCAAAAGACGUAUGAAAUAAAAAAACGAAAAAAAAAAGAUAAAUAAAUAAAUAUGGAAGAAAAACGAGCACGAAAACCGAAGCAAAAUUCGCGGCCUUUGGCAUACGUUUGGAUGCAGAACCGAUGAUGAAACGGCGUUUGCGUCUCGUACGCUGACGUCACACCAUGCAUCCCGGAAUUGACGUUAAUAAACCCGGAUGUGACGUGACAUAUCCUUCGUUGAGGAAUGUCAAAAAAAAAAUCAAAGAACCAAGUGGGCAGGCUGGCUAAUCGAGGCGGGACAAUGUUUGGUAGUAAAGAAGAAACCACGAAAACCAACCAACCAACAAACAAACAAAGCGUAAGAAAACGUCCCAAGAGAUGGACGUUAAACGAAAAAGAUGGCACCGCCUCGAGUUUACUACGUAUUGAUAUACUAGGUAGAAAAGAAGAGAUACGAAACGCCUGUCCCACGUACAGAAACCAGUGUAAUAACCAUCCUAGCAAGUAGCAACGGCAUUAGGAGAGCCGUUGUUCAAAUUCGCGGCUUUACAAGCAAAAACCGUUGAUUUGUUUUCGAUCGGGUUUUAAUUUUUUAAUGAAAUAAUCUCACAACGAAUAUAUCACGUACGGUCGCGCGCUAAUCGAUCCAUGCGAGAAGAUGGGGCAAAGACGUAUGUGUAUAUUCGUGACAGUGUGUAUCGUAAGUGCGCAGCAUAUGAUAAAACCGACAGUCUAGCAGUGCGAGCGCCUCGGCGGCAUUUGCGUUUUCACGCGAUGUCCCUGACCGAGCCUCCGUGAUUAAAAACCGGAAUAAGUUGUUUCAAUGUCCACUAUAUAAAUGAAGAGGCAUAGCUGAUAAGACGGUGGGUUUGCGUUCGCCGUUCGCCGUUCGCCGUUCGCCCUUCUCGAGUCGUUCGUCCCGCUUCGUUCACGAGAUAAUAUAAUAUAUUUGUCGGAGCACGACGCGUUUUUGACGGACGGACGAACUCUAAUCUUGCGAAUAAGAAAUGGAGGCUGCGAUACCAUCCCCCGGAGUUCCAAGUAAAAAUCCAAAAUCUCUCUUGCGUUCUUUUACUCGGGCUUAAACGAAAGUACAUACGUGUAUUCCAUAGGUUCUGGCAACGUCAAAAAUUUCUUCAACGUCGAAAAUUUAUUAUGGAAACGACAAAGUAUAGCGAAAUUUUCUUGUCCAUCGUCUUGAUCAUCUUCAGGCACUUUGACCAACGUAUCGGGACAAAAGUAAACUAAACGGGACUAUUUCAAAAGGAAAGACGACGAGACAGCAUUUUCUCACGCUGAAUAUGCCGAAACUCCAGCAGAGUAGUAACGUGCCGCGAAUUUCAUCGAUCGAGACGCCAAUCGGUAAAACAAUCGAGACGCCAAUCGGUAAAACAAUCGUCGACGACGAACGCGCCAACCCACCGUGCUGGCUCGUCGUUGCGAUCCGAGAAAGCUUCGACGCUUCUCGGUUUUCACGACGAGUCGAUACUCUUUUCAAAAUAUUCUCCAAAUUUUUGUUCACGAGAAUGUGUUUUCUUUACCCUAAACCCCGUUUACAACCCGCCGCAUACGCGUCCGAGGAGAAAAACCGAGUCCAAAAAAAAGCUUCCUUCUUUGAAUCUAGAAAAUUUUACGAAAACUCGUACUCGACGCAUUCAAGUACAAACGGUAAUUGCAAACGAUAGGAUAGAACGUAUGUAUGGAAAUUUCGAGGAUAAUAAAUAUGGAAAAAGGUAAAAGUCCGUUUAGUGGGUGCCUUCGUCAGGGUUUUCUGUUACAGUUAAACAGACGUUUCAAGUAUAACUCACAACUAGUAGUACUAUGGUAGAACAGUUAUUACAGUGUACCGCAAUAAACAGUUAACUAAGUAAGUAUACAGGAAGCACAUGGUCUUUUCAGUGUCUACAAUCUUGUCGUACACCACCGCCAAUCGCGUAGUGGAACGACCGGAAAUACCGGAUUCAUUUCGUACGCAAUUUCCUCUGGCCCCGCAACAUCCCUCAACAUCCGACAUAAAAGCGUGGUUUCCCGCAAACUUUUCGACGUUAAACAUUUUUGGAAUCCGAAUGAACGUGCGGUCGAUAUCGUAACCAAAGAAAUUACAUUGGAAAUUACAUUGGAAAUUACAUUGGAAAUUAUCCCCAACAAGAUAUCGCAAUCGGCAAGACGAGGGACCUACGACACGUUUUAUCCAUUCGACCCCGACCGCCGUUCGUUUCCUCAACCCCCGCCGAAUCCUCUCCUCAAAAUCCAAUCAGUAUUUAACAGAAUAAAUAUGCUACUAAGUGUACUAAGUGUUCGUAGUUUAGGCAACGUGUACGUUGUAUGCUCCGAAUAGGUGAAAGAGAAAGAUAACCGAGAGAGCGAAAGCGAGAGCGCGAAAGGGAGACGAUUGUACGGUGGAGUCACACACAUAUUUAAACUAACAGAUAAUAAUUAAUUAAUUACAGUACCGUAACCAUUUGUCAAGUCAAGUUAAUUAACAGUUAACCGUAACGCAUACACGCAUAAUUAUUAAUUAAACGUACUCGACUCUAUAUUCUAAGGACAGCAGCGACCGCACACAGCGUCGUCGCAUUUAUUCGAUAAAUCGCGCAGGCACUCACUACGGAAGUGAAUCCAAGGACUGUGGGACUCGGACGCGGAUCGGAAGGUGCUUGAACGAGCGUCGCGACGCGUACAUUAUUAUCAACGAGACUCUGUCGAAAAUUUUUACAUCUCUGAAACGGCACUCGGAAAGUAUCCUGCAAACGGAGAAACAGAGAAACAGAGAAACAGAGAAAGAGAGAAAAAACAGAAAACAUCGGAAUCUUAGUGGCUUGGUUGAUCAAAGAAACGCGAAGCUACGCGCGUUCAAGUUUCCCCCGUUUUUCAUUAGUCUUUCAAGUGCAGCGUUCAGUUACUUCACUUAUGACGUUGCUUUCAACACAAUACAAAACACCCCGCCAUCCAUCCUUACAGAUCAAACCCAUUCACCGUAUCCUCAACCCACGGGUAAUCCUCUCAGUGCCAACCCCCAGUUUCACGUGUACGCAUUGUUUCAAAUUUGUUCGCCACGUCUAAGUUACGAGUUUCACGCCAGUCCGUAUACCGCGUUCUCUUCUUCAUUAACUAAAAACUCGUUGCAUUUCGAGAAAAAUUUCCUCACAAAAUUCGAUGUAACGAAACGCAAUAUUCGUUGCGAUUCGUUGCGAUUCCUUGUGUUUCGCUGUAUUUCGUUGCGAUUAAAACACGAAAACAUAUUAUCCGAGAUGACAAAAGAAAUCUUUACAAGUGAGCAAAUACCUUGGAGAAAUUAUCGUUUGAUCGGUUCAAGUUCGGAGUAAAUAAAUUUGGAAAAAUGUCAGAAAUGCGGCGGCAUACGGCUGGCGUCGAUUAUCGAUGAAAAGCAAACGAGUUAAGUUUCAAAUGUCAGACAUUUUACGUACAGUUUGUUAUCAAGUAACACAGCGCAGAUUAUUGUUAAUUUUCGGCGCCCGUUUUCGUCGCGUUUCUAUUCGUCUCCGAUGAGAACAACUUACGGAGAAACCGCGAAGCAAUUGGUGGUAAACCGGCAGUCUAGCACGAUGCGACGAAAAUGUGCGUGCUCGGGUUUAAUGGUAUCGAUUGAGUUUGGUCGAAGUCCCCUUUUGGGCAAAUUAUAUCGACGCACUUCCGGUUCCACCGGCCCGUCCAAAUUCAGACGAUCGGAGAAAGGGAAUAAAGAAAGAGCCUGCUUUCGUCCUGAUCAUCAAUUCGAAAUUCAAUUCUAGUCAAAAAAGGGUACAAAGCCGUAAACGAGUUGACUCGUUUGGCAAAAAAGAUCGGUACUUAUUUAUCGCGAGUUGUUCGAGCGCGAAUCGAAAUCGAUCGGUACGAGGCACGUGGAAAAGUUGUACGAAAGAUCGGAGCUCGGAGAAGCUAGGCACAAGCUGGCAGAAGCUCGGCGGCGGCCUGUCGAUCGAAAUUCGCGUAGGGGGGAAAAACAAAUCUUUUCGAUGAAAUUCCGAGAGGACGAAUUCUGAAAAAUAAAUGGGCCAGUGGGACCGUAUACUGGAAAAAUAUCCGCGUUGUUGACAAAAGCAAGUAGCCUCUUUUCGUUGUAUCAAAAGUCGGCCAAAGUCCGAUCGAUCCUUGUAUAAGCAAAAACGACACACUUUCAAAAUCCUAGAAAAUGGAUGUACGGUGCGAAUGAAUAUUUCGAAAGCUUCGAUGAUAAAAAUUGUUAUUGCUCAUUCGUAUUUUAAUUUCUUUUUUUAUUCUGCAAAAUGCCUGCCCAUCCACGCUUUUCAGCCAGGACACUAGGCGGAUCCUCGUUCGCGUUUUAAAAACCAUCCAAGUUGCGUCGAUUCUCUCUUUCUCCUUUUGAGACGGACAACGACGAUUCCUAUUUCGCUGGUAAGAAGGGACAAAACGCGACACGAAGGUCUGCCACGCUGUUCCAGCAUUUUGAUACCGCGAUUAAUCCACUACUAUUAUUAUUAUUAUCGCUAUUAUUACCGCUAUUAUUAUUAUAAUUAUCGCUAUUAUUACCGCUACUAGUUUAUAAUGAUGAUUAGUUGAUUAUAAUGGAAAAAUUGCUAAAGGGCAAUUGGAGGCGUAUUUUUUAGAGAGAAACGAGAAAGAGAGCGCGAGCUCGGUUCAAGUUCGCUCGAAUCAUCCAAGCCAUAAUGUUACACUCACUGUCGAUCGAUUACGAUCUUGAAAGAAAAACGAAAAAAAAAAAAAAGAAAAAACAAUAAAAUGAAAAA